UUGCUUGUUUUGUUUUUUUGUUUUUUGUUUUUUGUUAAAUUGCUUUGAAAAGUUACUAGAAAUGUAAAUUAAACGACGUGAACUUCUAGUAAGAACAACGAAGAUAUUAGAUUUAUUUCGUAUUUAUAUGCUGCUCAUUUGAAUUAACCGUGAAUGGCUUUCUAUGCGCAGACAAGUUUUCUUCACUUUUGGAUGCAAUAGUGCCUUUUUUUAUUUUUUUAUUUUAUCACAUGGGGCGCCGUUGUUGGAUCAUCCGCUGAUUUCGUUGUGCUUUUUGGAUUAUUUUGUUGCGAUCAAGUCUUCAAGUGCAAUGUGUAACAGUCAAAGCUGACGGGCUUGUUGCUCCAACUGGGCUGCAUCAUCAAACAGGAUUUCUGUCGGGUUGCAAAACCUCGCACCCCUGAUACGGAAUUAUCCCCAGUCCGCAUUCAGUUGUGUUGUUGGCGAAAUAACGUUACAUUCGCAAUCGCUCAUGGUUUCCGAGGAAUUUGUGACUUUUUCAAGUGAUAUAAACCCUACAGUAGCGUCUGCCGAAAGUCACUUUGCGCCGGGAAGAGUGGUAUCGGCAGCCGUUAAUCAAUAUAACAGUGCAGACCAACACAUGCGAUUAAUAGACGUAAAAGCACAGAUGCGAAUGCCGUUUGAUCAAUUCUAACUGAAGUUGCGCUCCGACGGAAGGCAGCGUAGAGAAGGGUCGCGGAUCGGACUUCAGUCGCGAUGCCGCAAGUGGACAUGAUAAUAUUCGUGUUUCUGUUCCUGUGGAUGUCUGUAUUCAGCCAGGAACCGGCUUCCAAGGUGGUUGCCGACCGCUACGCCGUCUACUGGAACAGGACAAACCCCAGGUUUUACCGCGGGGAUUACCUCAUCGACGUGUGCAUAAAUGACUACCUGGACGUGUACUGCCCGCACUACGACGAGUCUGUUCCCCUAGAGCAGGCCGAGCACUACAUCCUGUACAUGGUGAACUACGACGGCUACACCGUCUGCGACCACACCGCCAAGGGCUUCAAACGCUGGGAGUGCAACCGCCCGCACUCCCCCAACGGGCCGCUCAAGUUCUCCGAGAAGUUCCAGCUCUUCACGCCCUUCUCGCUGGGGUUCGAGUUCCGGCCAGGACGGGAGUACUACUACAUCUCCUCCACCAUCGCAGAGAACGGCCGGAGAACGUGUUUGAAGCUGAAGGUGUUUGUCCGCCCGUCGAAUGGCUGUGUGAAAACUGUAGGCGUUCACGAUCAUGUUUUUGAUGUCAACGACAAAGUGGACAAUUCCUUAGAACCGCGCGACGACACGAGUCAUGAGUCAGCCGAGCCGUCCCGCAGCGAUGUGAACGCGACAGGCUGCCCCCGGACCGGCUGGCCCCUGCUGGGCCCUGCCCUGCUGCUUUCGGCUGCGCUCUCCUGGUUAUAGCACCACCCGGUGGCGGGAGGACUGCAGCGCAUGGCCUGCGAGAGAGGCUCGCGGGCAACGUCUCCCUCCCCCAGUCUCUAGGGGGCAUGCAGGCGGAGGGCUACUCAAGGAACUCUCUUUACAGCGGAUGUGUAAUUAAUCUUUCUCAAGCACCGAAGAUCUGAGAUGGAAGUAGAAGAGCCAGUGACUCGUUCAGUCACCAAAACCAUCAUCGUGACAAAACCAUGCCAAAAUCUAACUGGAAGACCUGUGCGCUGGUUUUGUUUUUCUGUGGGGUUUUAUUUUGCCCUGUCUUUUUAAUUUGCUCAGUUCCCGUUCCUGUCCUCUCUCUCACAUAUGCACACACACAGACACAUGUUCUCUUUCACACACAUACACACACACAUUCUCUCAUACACACACACUCACACACACAUUCUCUCACACACAUUCACUUUCACACACACACACACACACACACACACGUUCUCUCUCAGACACACACACACAGUCUCACACACAAGGUAAAGAAAUGAAAAAUCACAGUGCUGGAAAUCAAAAUGCCUUCUGGGAGGAAACAGCAGCUGAGCCUCCCCCUAACCCAUCCUCCUGAGCGACGCCCCCGCCCCUCGCCCCUAACCCAUCCUCCUGAGCGACGCCCUCGCCCCUAACCCAUCCUCCUGAGCGACGCCCUCGCC